GUUUUCAUUUUUGAAUGGUUCAAGUAACACGUUUCCACCUUUCUUCAUUGACUACGGAAAUUGAUGUCCAAACAAAACUGCCAACACGAUUCAAAUGAUGGAAAAUUUGACAGGAAGCAGGGAUAAUAUUUGCCAUAAAACCCAGAUGAAUUUUGAAGAUACUGAACACAUUUUUACAGUGUUUUCGGCGAUGAACGAAAUGCGAAAAAUUGGACAACUGUGUGAUAUUACUUUGGAAGUUGCGGGAACAAAAAUCCUUGCUCACAAAGUGGUUCUGGCUGCCAACAGUGCAUAUUUUAAUGCAAUGUUUAAUUCUGAAAUGAUGGAAAAAAGCAUGUCGCACAUAGAAAUCGGUGAAAUCGAUCCAAUUGCAAUGAAAUUAUUAAUCGAAUUUAUUUAUACGGGUCAAUUGACCAUCACCGAAGCGAAUGUUUUGAAUCUAUUACCAGCUUCAAGUUUAUUACAAUUAAUAAUUAUUCGUGAAACAUGCUGCCAAUUUCUUCGAAAUCAAUUACAACCGUCCAAUUGUUUGGGCAUAAGAAAAUUUGCUGAUACUCAUAGUUGUCAAGAGCUUCAAGUUUGUUCGCUUAAAUAUGCUCUCGAUAAUUUUCAAGAAGUUUCAUUGACUGAAGAAUUUUUAUCACUUUCAUACGAAGACAUAAUUAGUUUAAUUUCGGAUAAUCAUUUAAAUGUGGCCGAUGAAGAAACUGUUUACGAUGCAACUAUUCGUUGGAUUAAACAUGAUUCUAAAUCAAGAGAAAUACAUUUCUCCACCCUUUUAAGUCAUGUAAGACUUCCAUUGAUUGAACGAAAUUUUUUGAUCAAUCAGAUACUCGUUGAACCAUUUGUUCGUGAGAAUAAUCAAGCUAAAGAUUUAGUCAUUGAAGCCAUGAAAUAUCAUCUGAGUUUCGAAAAUCGAUCGGGCAAUUCUCCUCGAACACAACAUCGUAAACCGGAUGGUUUGACAGAAUUUAUCUUUGCUAUCGGUGGUGGUUCACUUUUUACCACACAUAACGAAUGUGAAUUUUUUGAUCCAAGAGAUAACACUUGGCUCGAAUUCACGCCCACUAAUCAACGAAGAUCUCGAGCUGGUGUAGCCUGUCUGAACAGAUAUAUUUAUGUUAUUGGUGGUUAUAAUAAUGGAUCAAAAACAUUGUCUUCUGUAGAGUUUUUUGACCCAUUGACAAAUGUUUGGACUGAUACAACUGCAAUGGGAACCAAACGUAGUUGUCAUGGUGUUGCCGAACUAAACAACAUUAUUUAUGCCGUCGGUGGAUAUGAUGGAAUCAACUGCUUGAGCAGCGCAGAACGAUUCGAUCCUUUAAUGUCUGCUUGGUUUUCCGUUAAUUCAUUGGAAAUUAAACGUCGUUAUACUAGAUUGAUGGCAUUGAAUGGCAGUCUAUAUGUGAUUGGAGGAUUUGAUGGCGCUAAUCAUUUAGCUUCAGUUGAACGUUAUGAUCCAAGGGAAGGAAAAUGGAUAGCAGUAGCACCGAUGUUAAGCCGAAGAAGUAGUUGCGGUGCAUCAGUUUUGGAUAACAAAAUUUAUGUUGUCGGUGGCAAUGAUGGAACAUUGUGCAUGUCUAGUGCCGAACGAUAUGAUCCGAUACGAAACGCUUGGGAAAAUAUAUCAUCAAUGCAAAAUCGACGAAGCACUCAUGAAUUAGUCGAAAUAAAUGGAUUACUUUAUGCUCUAGGCGGAAAUGAUGGUAGUAAUAGUUUAAAUGCAGUUGAAUUCUAUACACCUGAAGAUAAUAAAUGGUCAAUGACUAAUUCAAUGAUUUUACGACGAAGUGGUCUAGGAGCUGUUAAACUUGAAUGCUGUGAUCUUCGAAAUUCAUUAAUCGAAUCGUCCAAUUUGGAAAAGUCUUCGCCAUAUUCUUCCCUUAUUUCAACAAAAUCUUUGGAUCUUAAUUUCAAAGAAAGUAGUGUUAGUAGCAAUGAUGAUAAACCAAUUUAAUUUAAAUCAAAAACUUUAUAGAGUGAGAUAGAAUUCUCGCUAAAUGCACA